GUUGAUUUUGACUUGAAGAAAUUCAAUGCUGCUUUAUUGCAUGCUUGUGCGAGAGUGGGUGAGAUUUUUGUUUGUUUGGUAGAAAAAGAGGGGUAGCAGUAGGCAGUGUUGGAGAAGCGGGUAUAUUGGAGGAAUGUUUUGGUGUUGACAUGUUAUUAGCAUGUGUGCGUGUGUGCGUGUGUUUGUGUGUGUGGGCUGGAGGACGUGCGUCGGGAGAAACAUUUUGGCGCGCGUGCUGGGCAAGUAAAUGUAGGUACCUGCGAUGGCACCGUGGACGGGCUGCAUCUGCUGAUUCUCGUGCACGCUGCGUUUUACAGUUGGACGAUGAGAGGAAACAUGGCUCGCUGGCCCUUUUUAUAAACAUGCGCAGAGCAGAGUCCUUGACAUGUGCUAGAAAUAGAAAGGCAAUGGGAGGACAAGACAAGAGCAGCCGUGUCCGCGUCUUCUUGUCUGGCGCAUGUUUCACUCGUUCAUCUCUUGUCGUCACCUGUUUCUCGACCCCGUCGCCUACCGACGCUCCGUCAAACCUUUUUACUUCCAUCUCCCCUCACCUUAGUUUUGUCUUUUUUCUCUCUCUUUAUUUUUGCAGUGUCAAGUGUCAUCAGCUUUUUUGCUUUGCUGCAAUUCUUAUCUUACUGCAUCCAGCUGCACGCGCCACAAUACAGCAGCACAGCACAGUCAGCCAACAACAACAACAACAACAACAACAGACCACGCGAUCCUAUUCUUGCUGCAAUUCAUAGAAACAAGCACGGCCGCCAACACGCAGCAGAUAAGAAAGAUAGGCUUGGAGUGACGAGCGUGUUCCCACAGAGUUAGCGAAGCAAGCAAAAGCCAAUUGCUUAGUGACGUGGAGAUCGCCAGCUAGCCGGAAAACCCGCUCAAAGCCAGCGAGAGGGAUUUUUUUUUAAAAACACAUUUCACAAAAAUUGAGAAGGAGGAGGAAAAACCUCUGUGGUUCCUCUGUUCCUGGAUCGAUCGAUCUCGCUCGACGCUG